GGGCAAAAGCUUGGUGGCAGCAUGUGGGCUGGAUCCUCACCUGAUAUCCUACAGGCCAGAUGUCCAGGGCUCACUGCAAUCUCAAGUCCUGAUGUGCAAUGUGAGUUGGGUUACCCGUCAUCACAUUUUCAAGGCUAAUUUCUCAGCUGAAUCAAAUGUUUUCAGUCCCUUCCAUUCAUAUAUAAUAUGCAUGACCCCUCCUCAUUCCAUUCUGUACACUUGGACUGAUACUACUCUGUUUGUGUAUAAUGGAUUCUGUUAAGACACAAAAUACAUUUUAUUUUGUUUUCAUGGCUUUUUAAUUUUUAAAUAUAUAUUAUAUUUUCUUUUCAGAAAAAAAUAGCUAAGAUAUUAUAUAGGUAAAAAGUUUGAUCAGGAAGAAGUAGGCACUUCCUGCUUUCUUUCUUCUGCAUGUUCAUACUCCCCUUAUCUUUGGAAAGCAAGCACUCAACAUCCUCAGAUUUGCCAAGAGAAACUCUUGAUGAGCUUAAAUCUGUGUUUGGCACCAGAGAGCAGAAGGUCUGGGCACCAAAGCAGGCAUCACUAAUGUGCAGAGCCCAGGCUUUCCUACUGACAAACUUUUAUGGCUGUCGACAGUCAGCAGCCUUGGCUGAAGGCACUUGCCCAGGGGAAAUUUAAUUGCCUUGUGUACUUCAUUAAAGGGAUAACUGUGAUGGUGGGGGAAGGGGGUGCAUGAAUCUCAGCCAAAUCUGGUAAACAUAUUUCUGGCACAAUGCUAAAUUACACUUUCUGUACCCCCAUCUGCAUUUGAAGACUCUUGAUUCUCAAAGGGAACACUUAGAGCUGGCUAUCUUUUAAAGAACACAGAAAGAUGCUUAAUUGGGACUCUUGCAAACUAUAAAGAGAUGUAUUGGUGGGCAUGCAGAGUAGCAAACUGGCUAUAAAAAAAGUACUGACACAGUUUAAUUUUCAUCUGUGUUGCAAGUAAAGAUAGGCAAACUCUCCCAAGCUUGAUUUGGAUUCAGAUUGGUAAUUAUGAGCAAAAUACAGAAACACUUGCAGAAAAAGUUCCUUUUACCCCCAAGGCUUCUGUCUGCCAUGAUUGUGAGCCCACAAAUCCCAUUUCCUCCUGCACAAUGACUGCUGUGGCUGCAGCCAGGGAAGGAGGGAACCUAUGGUUUCUCCUCUUCCCCUUCUUCUUUCUCCGUCCCUUUUUCCAGUCCCUUUCACAGUAAAGAUACAGAAGAAAUAGUACUAAGGUUGCAUUUAAAGGCAAACCUGUCUAAUCUGCCCGUUUUGGGGAAAAAAAUAUGAGUAUGGAAACACAAAAUUUUCAAAUCCGUGGCUUCGCUUUUGAAAAACAGGGGCUCCACAGUACUUAGCUAACUGGGAACCACAGUAUUAUAUAAUUUAUAUCCAGUCCCUCAUCUUAAGAUAUGAGGGUUGGUAACAGUAAUUAAAAUAUAUAAACCACCCAGAGUUUGAAACACAGUAAAAGCACUUCCAUCUGCCACUGUUUCUGUACAGCCCAGUUUCCCUUGAAUAUUCAAAAAGGCACCAAAAGAUGGUUAAUAUUGGCAUGCCAUACCUCAGAAUAUUCAAUUUUUGGGGUGUCAUUGCCUAGAAGGGUCGUUGGAAAGUCAGAGAACCCUGAACUUUAGUAUGUGAUGGAAUCUCAAAGCAUAGGUCAAACAGUACAGAGAGAGGUGUUCCUUUGGGUAACAGGGCUGUAUUUAUAUGUCAAAACCAAAACCUUGAAUCGGACGUAGUAGCAAAUUGGCAGCCCGUGUAAAUCUUUAAGGGCUGGCAUAAUGUGGUCUGGCAUGGUGAAGCCAUCAGCAUGCUAAUAGCAGCAUUUUGACCUACCUGCAAACUCAGAACCAUCUGCAAGGACAGCACCACCUAGAGUUCAUUACAGUAACCUUAAAGGGGGCUUAGGAGAGUGUGGCUAACUACCGUAUUUUUCGCACCAUUGGACGCACAUUUUUUCCUUUAAAAACUAAGGGGAAAAGUCUGUGCGUCCUGUGGAGCGAAUGUGUGGUCCUGGGACUUCCCCCUCCAGCCCCUCCAAGCUCAGGUUGCAGCGGAGAGGCUGCGUGGGCGGCUGGGGAAACCCCGGGCUUCCCCAUUCAGCCCGACAAACAGCUGAGAGGCUGCGUGGGCGGCUGGGGGAAGCCCUGGGAUUCCCCAUUCAGUGCUACGAGCUCAGGGCGCUCAGCGGGCAGCAGAGAGGCUGCCUGUAACUUGCCCUCUGUCCGUGAGCCGCUCUAGGGGGCUGGCUGGGGGAAGCCCUGGGAUUCCCAUUGAGUCGGAGGAGCUCAGGGCAGUCAGCGCGCAGCGGAGAGGCUGCCUGUAACUUGCCCUCCGUCCCGUGAGCCGCUCUAGGGGGCUGGCUGGGGGAAGCCCUGGGAUUCCCAUUGAGUCGGAGGAGCUCAGGGCGGUCAGCGCACAGCGGAGAGGCUGCCUGUAACUUGCCCUCCGUCCCGUGAGCCGCUCUAGGGGGCUAGCUGGGGGAAGCCCUAGGAUUCCCAUUGAGUCGGAGGAGCUCAGGGCGGUCAGCGCACAGCGGAGAGGCUGCCUGUAAUUUGCCCUCUGUCCGUGAGCUGCUCUAGGGGGCUGGCUGGGGAAGCCCUGGGCUUCUCCAUUGAGUCCAACAUGAGCCGCUCUAGGGGGCUGGCUGGGGAAGCCCUUUACAAUGAGCCGGAAGAUUUGGACAUCCCCUUCCGUCCCUCCCCCAGGUUAUUGUGCCGGUAAUUCCCGGCAUUUCCUCCUUUUGCUCCGGUUCCACGAGGCAAGGCAGCUGCCCUCCACAGACAUCCAGAAAUGUGAGAUCUCCCUCUCUCUUCCUUCUUUCCCUCCCUCCCUCCUUAAUUCCCUCCCUCUUCCACCUUAAAUAAAAUAUUGGGGGGGCAGUAAAGCCCCACCUCACAUACCACAAUUCAGCCCUUCUCAACCUGUGGGUCCCCAGAUGUGAAUGCCUCUAGGUAGCAAGGCCAGAGCUCAGGGAGGAUGGGAGUUGAGGGAUGAUAGGAGUUGUAGUCCAACAACAUCUGGGGACCCACAGGCUGAGCUCUCCCUCUCCCUUCCUUCCUUCCCUCCCUCCCUCCCUCCCUCUCUCCCUCCCUCUUCCAACUUAAAAAUAUGGGGGGGGGCAGUUAAGCACCCAAUAGUAAACAUUGGAGAUACUGUACUGUACUUUACUGACAGUUCCUUACCACUGUAUUUUCUUGCAGAAAACCUCCCCCAUUCUGAUAAGGAUGAUAAAGCAUAAAAGACUAGCAUAUAAGAUUCCUUUUAAACUAGAGGUAGUAAAAUAUGCUAAGGAGCAUGGAAACAGAGCAGCAGAGAGACAUUUUGGACCACCUCCAACUGAAAAAAUGAUAAGACAGUGGAGGAAACAGGAGGAUCAGAUGCAAAAAGCAGAUAAAAGCAAGCACACUUUUCGUGGACAUGCUGCAAAGUGGCCACAGAUGGACAUUGCCAUGAAAGAAUGGAUCACAAAACAGCGGAAUAAAGGCUUCGCAGUCUCUACAAAAAUGAUAAUAUAUGAAGCCAAACGCAUUGCUUUAGAGAAAGGCAUUCACGAUUUUACUGGCUCACCAUCAUGGUGCUACAGAUUUAUGAAGCGAUGUGGCCUUGCUAUGCGCACUAAAACUAGAACUGCACAAAAAAUGCCAGAAGAAUAUGAAUCUAAGAUUCUGUCUUUUCAUAAAUUUGUAAUUGAUGCUAGGAAGAGAAAUGGAUUUGAAAUUGGCCAGAUUGGGAAUAUGGAUGAAGUCCCUCUAACCUUUGAUGUGCCAUCAAAUAGGACUGUUGAUCGGAAAGGUGCCAAAACUAUUGCCGUGAAAACCUCUGGACAUGAGAAAACCCAUUACACUGUUGUGUUGUCUUGCUGUGCAGAUGGCACCAAAUUGCCACCCAUGUUAAUUUUCAAAAGGAAAACAUUUCCAAAAGAAGUGAUUCCACGAGGAGUUGUUGUACAUGUUCAUGAGAAAGGAUGGAUGGACGAAAAUGGAAUGAGAGUAUGGGUUGAAAAAGUGUGGUCCAAACGUCCUGGAGGGCUUUUGAAAAAACCUGCCUUAUUAGUACUUGACCAGUUUAGAGCACAUAUUAGCGAAACUACAAAAAAGUGCUUUAAAGAAGUGAAGACUCAUCUAGCUGUAAUUCCUGGAGGUCUUACCAGCCAGUUGCAACCUCUCGAUGUUUCCAUCAACAAGCCAUUUAAGAUCUUUAUGCGAGAAGAGUGGAACAAAUGGAUGGCUGCUGGUAAUCAUGAUCUAACACCCACUGGACGAAUGAAGAGGCCCACUAUCACUCAAGUUUGUGAAUGGGUGAAAACAUCAUGGCACUCGGUGAAGGAGGAAAUCGUUGUCCGGUCAUUCAAAAAAUGUGGCAUUAGCAAUGCUUUGGAUGGUAACGAAGAUGGUAUUUUACAUGAAGAUAGCGAAGAAAGUGAUGUCAGUGAUUGUGAGCAACUGAGCUCCACAAAUUCUGACUCUAGCAGUGAUGAGUUCUUGGGGUUCACAGAAGACUAGAAGAUUACUCAAACUUUAAAGUCUCUCUUCAUUUGUUAAUGACAGUGAUGAUGGUUCUUAAUGCCAUUGUUGACUGCUGUUCACUUUACAUGGCUGUAAUAUGAUUCUGAUAUACUGGUUGUUUAUUAAAUACAGUAGUUUAUACAACAUUUGAUUCAGAAUAUUUUUUACUUGUUUUCCUCCUCUAAAAACUAGGUGCGUCCUUUGCUCCGGUGCGUCCAAUGGUGCGAAAAAU